AUGAGCGGACUCGGCCCGGCCCCGCCGCCGCCGCCCAGCGCCACGGCCGCGGACUCCGCCUCACAGCGCGGCGACAACGCCGUGCAUGGCUCUGCGCUCCAGGCCGGUGCCCGAGGGCACCGUGCACCUCCGGGCGACGCUGCCCAAUCCCGCUGGCUCCGCGCGGCCCGGGAGGCGGCGCAGCGCGAGAAGCCCAGGGACGGCGUAAGCAGCGAUGGCCGCGGAAGCCCGGAACAGGACCCUGUGGCCCCCGCCCCACCCCCGGCCGGCGGGUCCGUCGGUCGCUCAGCCGACCGGCCCACCCCCCCGAGGCCCCGCCCCAAGGCGCUAAAGCUGCGUGCGGGUGACGUCAGGGCGGCGCGACGCCGGCGGGGCAGCGACCCAAGACUGCCAAGUUCCACAUGCUACCAUGACACCAACCUGACAUCCCUGGGCAGACGACCUCACCAAUAUGUCCUGGAACCCCACCAGGGAAGAAAGAGACAGGCUGGGGUUAUGGAUAGACCUGCCAACACCCAUGUUCAGCAGAGAAGCAAUUAUAGAAGCCAGACCUUCCACUUUCUGAAUGCCAUAUUGAUCCUGAGUCUAUGCUUUCAGAGAGAAAAAGAAUAGCUUUCAAGGGAGAGGGUGGGAUACGGAACUCUGGUGGUGGGAAUUGUGUGGAAUUGUACCCCUCAUAUUCUAUGGUCUUGUCAAUAUUUUAUAAAUAAAAAAAAUUAAUGACUAUUUUAAGAAAGAGUGGCUGAGUGGCAGCCCACUUAGUAG